AUGUGGAGCAGAACCAGGAGGGUGAUCUUGGUCGCCCUUGCCUGCCCUUGGUGUAUCGGUCAACAGGAGAGCGAUAAAAAACGCUUUGACCACACACACACACACACACACACACGCUCUCUCUCUCUCUCUCUCUCUCUCUCUCUCUCUCUCUCUCUCUCUCUCUCUCUCUCUCUCUCUCUCUCUCUCUCUCUCUCUCUCUCUCUCUCUCUCUCUCUCUCUCCCUCUCUCUCUCUCUCUCUCUCUCUCUCUCUCUCUCUCUCUCUCUCUCUCUCUCUUUUAGUGUGUGUGUGUGUUUUGGGUGUUCAUGGCGCUUCGCUUUCCAGGGCGUGCUGUGCUGUUCAGCAGUGGAAGAAAACAGUGGAGCAGGGUUGUUUCUGUAUUGGUCUAAGGGUAUUUUUGGACGGAUUCCUAUUCCUUCAAAAAUAA